UUCACCACCCUACUUGAUUGCGCAGGCAAAAGCAAAAGAAAACAAGGUGUUAGUGGGGACUGGAGGAGCAUGAGCAAUGAGCAAUGAGCAUGAAUGCACCUCCUCUCUCCUGCAUCCAUACAUCUUUUCCUAACCUAAAGAUUCCAACACAACCCCACCUCUCAACCCACAAACCAACACUCAUCUUUAUACACUGCCACCCACUUCAAUGAAAUAUGCAUACCAUACCUUACCAUUUCACUUAGUUUGAUCCAUCCAAUAUGCUAGUCAUGGAAUCAUAAGAAGGAGGGUCACAGAGAAGGGUUCAAGCUGCUUUGUCUGCACUCCUGGCGGCGUCGGCGCAGAACAGGUGCACCUCUAUAGUGUGCUCUUGCUAUGUACCAUCAAGGUGUUCCAACUACAGAGGAGAACAGGAAGACCAAACAAGUACCGGGACCGGGUUGCACAAGAAGAGCAAGAAGAGGCUGCCUGUGGAGAUUCAUGGGGAUGGGGUCAUGGAACAAGUUUGUAAUGAUGGAUUACCAAGUCAAGCAAAGAUCAAUGCCAAUGGUGGGAGCACUAGUAGGAGCAGUGGGACUAAUGGGCCUCAAAAAGUCGAACCGACUCCUCUCAAGAGUAAUCUAAAGAAAACUGCAACAGUGGAGAGUGAUCUAACUCAACCAAGGACGGAUACAAGGAAAGUUAGCUGGCCUGAUGCUCAUGGCAAAGACAUUGCUCAUGUUAGAGAAUUCGAGGCAAGUGUGCCUGAGGAAGGUGAACUUCAGGGAGUUCACAACUCUUGUGUUUGCACAAUUCAAUAAACCAGGUAUCACCUCCUGCUUCUUAGAGAGCUAAAUGCAAUUCUGACAAGGUUCUUGAGUUAUCCAUACAUACCUGCAUACACGUUGACACAAAAAUGUCGUCUUAAGAAACUUGAUUGGAAUGCAAAGUGUGAUCUAAAAUCGAAACAUGAUAGUUCAUUCAGUAAUGCCAUCUGUCUCCCUCAAUUCAGCACCAAGAGGAAUAUUCAGAGAGGAUGAAUGGAUUAAGGCAUGUCAUGUUGAUUAAGCACCACCCCACUGAUGAAAGCCAUCACAGUAAAUGAGAGUAAUCAAGAAACCAUAGUUUAUAUGAGCAUGACAGCAUGACAAAAUGUCAAAAUAUGAGUAAUUAUUACCAAAGUAGUAGGAAAAAUAAGUUUUCUUCCUCAUAUCAACCACAACCUUGGCCUUUUCCAACUAUUAUAUAAACUGCAACCCCUAGUGCAUUAAGCAGUUACAAUAAGGUUUUUCUGAAUAUUAAGAGCCUUAAGGCAGCAACAUUCCUUGCUUGUAAUGUGUAAGGGGCCGCAGAAUACAAUAUAUUCUUGCUUAAUUAAUCUGAAGAGUAAGCAUUUGGUCACCGUGUGGAAACAUAUUAUCCCAUUUUAUUAUUCAUUUCUUCUUUCAUAAAGAGUUACGUCCAAAUUCAUUUCCAAAGCAUUUGUGUUCUCUUUACUCAAAUGUGGUUACUUGAGGGAUUAUCAGUUGAAUCUCUGCUCAUAAAUCAUCUUUGGGAACACGGUGCUGGUCCAUUUAAUAUUAGAAAUACUCUGUUUCUAUCCAAGUAAAACGUCUUCAUCACGCACUCUUCUCCCUGUGGCUACUUUCCAGCUUGGGAAUGAUAUUAUGGGAUCAUUCUUCUUCUUGUUUUUGAUUCAGUGGCCUAAUAGAUCACAAAAGUUAACUUAUGUUCUUA